GUGAGGGAGGCGUCGCCGAGGUCGUCGGCGCGGUAGAGGUAGGGUGCUACGUAGGAGUAGGGGGUUGCGAGGUACGGGGUGAGCGGGGAGACGAGGCGUUGGUAAGUGGAGGCCAGGAGGGAGAGGGAUUUGCUGCCGUAGGGGGAGGAUUUGGCGUAGGUGACGGUGUCGUGGAUGAGGGGGUAGGAGUCGAGGUGCUAGAGCAGGUAGGUUAGUAAGGGGUGGCUGGUUGGGUGGUGGGUAGUUGUGGAAUGGGAAGUUGAAUGGGGGAACAAUGGUAACGCAGGGAAUGGCAUGUCGGAUGCGGACAAUUCCAUGUUUAUCUGGUACCGGGUGGAAUGCUGGGGAGCAGAGAUAACGUACCGAGAGCACUUUGGAUGGGUACUGCUCGCCAUUGACCAUGGUAUGGCUGGUUUCCCUGCCGUUGGCAGUGGCGGAGCCGUUCUGCUUCUCUGCGUGUGGCAUCUUCGAAUGAUUUUCUUGCUCAAUGACUUUGGAUCGCCUUAUCGCCUAGGUCGAGGUGGAGCUCAAGCUGAUUAUAUAUGCGCAAGGGAACGCCGUGCGAGGACGUCGCUGUGCGAUUGGAUACGUAGGUGCUGAAAACGGAAAGGUGGGAGGGCAGGUGAAUGGCAUGUGAAGACGGAUUAUCGAUAAGAUCCGAAGAUGGAGGGGCAACUGGCUUUGUGGAGCUGCUGGGCCUUUUUCUAUUGCGGGUUUUAGGAGCGAACUGAGGAAGCACGAAUAGAGAAAGCAAAUUCUACGCUGAUCAUAGAGUCUGAAACGUGCACAUAUUUCCUUUCUGUUUUGCUG